AUUUAAUCUACUAUUGAAAUCACCACAAAGAUUUAUUUGUCAAACGCCACGAGACGACUGCUUCAAACUGUUCAAUAUGCCGACACGGAUGAAUCCUAUUCGUUUCUUCUGUUGCUUGCUUGUCAUCGUUAUCGGAAUAACGAUUACCUGUGCCGAACCGGAACCCAUGACUAGAUUAACUAGAACCAGACCAUCGCAACUCAACUCAAACAUCCAGCUACAGAGAUACGCCGAUUUGGUUAAAAAUUUUUAUCAUAUGUAUGGAAAAUCGAGGCAUGGUAAACGAAGUGAUGCUGCGCCGUUGAUGGAACUGAAUACCACUUGGGAGACCCUGAGGAUGAUUCAGGAUGCGCAGCGGCAAAACGAACAGCGAAGGCAAGAGAACAUCAGACAGAACAAAGAGCAAAUCCUGCUCCGCGACUUUCCGAACUCGGACGCCGACGAGUAUACGUUGCACGAUGUUACACGAUCCGACUCUCUUUCGGAUGUAAUUGGCAAAUAUUACAAUGAUGUACAAUAA